AUGAAUAGGACCCCAGCUUUUGACACAGUGACCCUACCCCAAAGCAACUGGAGUGUCCCCGACCACAUGGUCCUCCACUGUAAGAACACCUCCGACAUUACCGUCCUUCUGGCCACCUCGUAUAGCUUGGAGACUGUCUUGGGCAUUCUAGGGAACACGUGCUUGAUUGGGAUUGUGGCCAGGCAGAAAGCCACCGCCACCAACGUCCUGCUCACCAACCUGAUCGUGUCUGAGCUGGCCAUGUGCAUUUUCUGCCUUCCCUUCACCGUCACCACCGUCUUGUUGAACUACUGGGUAUUUGGUGAGGCCAUGUGUAAGGUCACCGCUUUCAUCCAGUGCGCGUCUGUGACGGUCUCCGUCCUAUCUCUUGUCCUCAUUGCGAUGGAGAGGCACCAGCUCAUCCUCAACCCCACAGGCUGGAGGCCCGGCCUCUCCGAAGCCUACCAGGGUGUUGCGGCCAUGUGGACCUUUGCUUCUCUCUUGUCCCUGCCGUUCGUGACCAACUCCACUUUGAGAACUGGCAUCUUCAAGUGGUACUCCGGCGUCGUGGACUCGUACGCGGACAAGUCCAUCUGCACCUGCCCCUGGUCUUCCGAGAAGGACAGGCUGACCUACACCACGGCUCUGCUGCUCCUACAGUACUGUGCCCCCCUUGCUGUUAUCCUGGCAUGCUACCUGCGGAUCUACCUCCGCCUCCGGAAGAGGGAGGGCCUGUUCGAGAAGAGCAAACCCGGCUGCCAGACGGUCCCCUUGAAGCGUGUCAACCUCCUGUUGGCCUCCAUGGUGGCUGCCUUUGCCGCCUGCUGGCUGCCGUUGCACGUCUUCAACGCCAUUGAAGACUGGAACUAUAAGCUCAUCCCCUCCUGCCUCCACGAUGUGAUCUUCUCACUCUGCCACCUGACGGGCAUGGCCUCGGUCUGUGUGAACCCCAUCCUUUACGGGUUCCUGAACAAAAACUUCAAGAAAGAAGUGAAGGACCUCAUUGUCAGUUGCCACCACCGUUCUUCAGAGCAAGAAUAUGAGCAUCUACCUCUGCCCACCAUGCAGACAGAAACUUCAAAGGAUUCCCUGAGGCUAAGCGGUCAGCAGGCACCCGUCUAG